AUGAAAGACCUGGAGAGUGCAAUAGAGAGGCCCCAUCAGAAAGCAUUAGGCAUGCACAGCAUAUCUAAGCCACCCACUGUGCGCGCCAAUCAAAGCACACAAACCGACACAUUGGAGAAUGAUCGGAAAAAGCAAGCAAAGAGAGCCCACACGGCUGCCAAUAGCGGGCGGGAUGUGCCCAAUUCGCCGCAGCAAAUAGCAAACUGCAUCCGUUUAGAAUCGCCGAGAGGACCAAUAGAAGCCAGGCCCAAAGAGCAACAACACUACUCCAACCAACCAAAAGAGGUGGUUGCUGUAAAGAAACAAAGCGUAGCAGCAGUAGACAUGAAUGCGCCCCUAGGCGUGGAGGGCACCCAAUCACGGAAGGCUGGUCAACAGUGGUCAAACCAAGAAUCUGUUGAUGAUAAACUGCGUUGGCUCUACAACAUUAUUCAGGACGGUGUUACCCAAUUCGUGCCGGUUUACAUCAGCAAACCCAGUAGAUUUCCACCUUGGUUUUCUAGUGAAUUGACUGAGAAAAUCAUCCUGAAAAAAGCAGCGCACACACAGUAUAAAAAAGAGAAUACCAGGCGAAACUACACGCUCUUCAGUAACCUGAGACAAGAGUGCAAAAAUCUCUGCAACAAGUAUUAUAAUGUGUAUGUUGAUAAGGUAGAAGGGUCACUGAAAGGUGACACCAAAGCCUUCUGGAAUUAUAUCAAGGAUAAGAAGCGAGUAAACAGUGACAUUCCAGUAUCCGUGGUCUGGGAUAAUCAAUCAGCAUCAAGUGGCGUGGAGAUCAGUAACUUAUUUGCACAGUUCUUUAAGAGCAUAUAUGCACCGGUGUCUGACGAUAGCGUAACUCUGGCACACUCACACCCUUAUCCGCAAUCGGUAAACUUAAAUGACUUUGAGGUUACCUUUGAUAUUGUCUUCAAGCAACUGAGCUCCUUAGAUCCUAGUAAAGCUGCGGGACCUGAUGGCCUGCCGAAUGCCUUUCUUAAGAACUGCGCCAUUGGGCUCUGUGAACCGCUGACACACAUUUCCCAAUCGCCUCUGCAGUGUGGUGUUUUUCUUACAGACUGGAAACUAUCGUACGUCAGCCCCAUUCAUAAAAAAGGGCCAAAGAAUACAGUCACGAAUUAUCGGCCAAUCUGUAUUCAGUCGGCCUUGGCUAAACUUUUUGAAAAGCUGAUCUAA